ACUCCCGGGCUGCGAAGAGCUCGCUCCAGAGACCAGAGGGAACACCGGAGGUUUCCCCUCACUGCUCUGGCAUUAAAUUCCACUCACGUUCACCGAAAAGGGCAGGAAUUAGAUCACUGCAGGUUCCUGAGAGGAGCCCCGGUCCACUCAGUGUUGCCUCCACGCCUCCCACACAGCUUCCUAUAUUGUCUUCUAGUCUUGUUUCACCGCGGUAAUCUGUUCAAACUUGAGGAACAGCAUGACAGGAGGACUGAAGGACGGCGAAACAGAGGAGGAGUUUCUGCAUUCGCCGUUCAUCCGAAAGCAAGGGAACAUAUACAAACCCAACAAUAAAGACAUGGACAACGACAGUCUGAACGAGAAGACGAUGGAGGAUAUCCACACCAAAGAGAUCGACCUGGUCAACCGGGACCCCAAGCACAUAAACGACGACGUUGUCAAGGUGGACUUCGAAGACGUGAUUGCCGAGCCUGCAGGAACCUACAGCUUCGACGGCGUGUGGAAAGCCAGCUUCACCACCUUCACCGUCACCAAGUACUGGUGUUACCGACUGCUGACGGCGCUGGUCGGCAUCCCCCUGGCGCUGAUCUGGGGAAUCUUCUUCGCCAUCCUGUCCUUCCUGCACAUCUGGGCCGUGGUGCCGUGCGUCAAGAGCUACCUGAUCGAGAUCCACUGCGUCAGUCGCGUCUACUCCAUCUGCGUGCACACCUUCUGCGACCCGCUGUUCGAGGCUAUGGGCAAGUGCUUCAGCAGCAUCCGGGUCCGCAUGUCCAAGGAGGUGUAACGUCCAAAAUAAAAAGAGGAGGAGGAGGAUUAACGGAAAGAGGGGAGGGAGGAGGGGAGGGCUCGAGCAACACAAAUGACAAAAAGUCGGAACGGAAAGGAAGAAGAAAAAAAUGGACCUCUGGAAAACGAGAAGUGAGGCGUUUCCAGAGCUGGGCGGGGCAUGUUUGGAGGUGAAGGGGCGUGGCCAUCGCCCUUUUCCACCAACUGUUCUUUCUCACCAGUGUUGGCGUAACCAAAUGGGUGGGGCAGGGAGGGGGGAGGGGGACACAGGAAAUCAAAGGGUCAUUCUCCUGGGUUUUUGUUGUUGUUUUGUUUGUGUUCGAUAGUUUUUUUUUUUUUAUUCUUCACUGUUAUUGUCAAGCAGGCAACCAAGCUCCAUAUCUGUCUUCUGUUAGUUUUGCCACAUGAUGUUAAGUCCUUCCAUUCUUACUGUUUCUGUGGAGAGCUCAUCACUUCGACUGAUUCACGUGAAGAGGGGAUGUCAGAGUGUAUCGCCGUCUUCUCUUGCGCUUGUUUGUGUUUGUUGUUUUUGGAGCCUCUGGGCGGGGCGGGAUGGUGGGAUGCAAGAGUUGGAGUUGGGAGGGUCAAAGCAUAGAGAGAGAGAGAGAAAGAGAGAGAGAGAGAGAGAGAGGCCGCUGCCAAAUUCUGUCUGACUCGGAAAAAAAAAAAAACAAAACAAAACAACCCCACAAGCCGAGCAGCAACGGCAAACGCCCCUCCCCUCGGGCCCCACAUGACCUCCAAGCCACCAAAAAACAACCUCCCACCUCCCGCCCCUCCCCACCCCCUUCGCCCUGCUUCCCCAGCAGUCUGACACACUGAACCUGCCCUCGUUCCUGCAUGCACCUGCGUCACCUUGCCAGCAACUCGCCGUCCACCACCGCCACGCCUGCCUGCCUGCCUGCCUGCCUGCCUGCGCCUGCCACGCCGCCCGAUGAUGCAGCGACGAUUUGCAUCUCGGCUCGCUCCCUCUCUGCCUCAGCUUCUUACUUCGCCUCAAACAAAAACCUUUCAGUGCAGGUUUCAUCACCAUCAUCCUCAUCAUCACAUGAGCGUGUGACAGAGAAUGUCAGCAUUUGAAUUUGACUAAAACUAUUAUUUUUUCACUCCACGUUAGACCUUUUAUUUUUCAGUGAAGCUCAGUGCUUUUGGAUGCGCACCAUUGCAGCUCCGUAGUGAAUGCUUUUUAAAAAAAAUUUUUAUCUACACUAUAAAAAUGAAGAACUUUGAGGGCUUAGUUUCAGUGCCAUUUUUUUUUUUUUGAUAUCCUACAUGUACUGUAUGGGUGUUUGUGCAGAAAAUACAGCUUCACAAGCUAUGGCCUCAUUCCAGUGCACUAAUCUAUGGAAAAGUAUUGUAAGUGAAUAGCACUAAUGAAAAUCUCUAUAACUCAUUUUGCAAAGGUAGUAGAGUACUAACAGCUACUUUUGCACACUUUGCACUUCAGAUGUGCAGUUACGAGCGUGUGCGCGCGCGUGUGUGUGUGUGUGUGCGUGUGUGUGUGUGUGUGUGGAGAUUUUUCUUGGGCACUGUGGUACUUACGCAGGUUAAUGCAUUGGAAUAAAGACAAUGUGAGGUGGAAUGUGUGAUUCUGGAUGCAUUUUUUGUUUUGUUUUGUUUUGUUUUGUUACCUGGUCAUAGUUUUUGCACCCAC